AUGGAAUUAGAAUUCGAAAUCAAACAAGAAGAUGUUUAUCACGAAUGUAGAAUUUGUGAUGAAAGAUUCCCAACUUAUUCUGGUCUUGAGAUUCAUUCCAAAAUACACUGUUCAAGUUUAGAUGCUAUUCAAAGUACGGAACUAAAUAGGAAUGGUGAGAACAGUUUUAAAAGCUCUCCAGACCAAGUUUCUGUCAUAAUUGGAACAGCUGUAGCAACUCAAAUCAUUAAAGAAGAACCUAAGGAAGUCACCAUAGGGAAAUGUGAAAGCAAUGGCAACUUUGAUGUCAAGCAAGUUCAUCAUCACAAAGAUCCACACGAAAUUAAUAUCAAUGGCGACAAAAAUUAUGUGGAAACUUUGGCUAAAGUUUUUCCCCUCCCAAAAAUCAGUCCAGAGCAAAAAACAGACACUUCUAAG